CGUUACCGCGGCUAUCCAGGACGAACACUCGACGUAGCCUGGGCGGUGAACCCCGUUUGUCAAGCUUCGCGGACCUGAAACUCGCGGAAGUAUUCUUGUCAGGAGCUACGAUUGCAGUUCUGCUGACAUAUGUGCACGUGCAACGCGAUCGACAAAUCUCUAGCUCACAGGACCUGCUGACCAUAUCCAGGGCUUCUCAUAGGCUCAAGCCUGAAGACAAUAUAAAGCUCAGCUCUAUCGCAGGAGCAUACUUCAGGAUCCCUUUCCUAACCCUCUUCACCCCGGACUCUCCUAUCUAGCAAGAUGCCGACCAAGCGCGCUCUGGAAGCUCAAGACAAAGCGGUCUACACGACCUCCAGCGGUGCCCCCGUUGCCGAACCCUACGCCGCUCAGCGCGUUGGCAACAACGGACCCCUCCUCCUUCAAGACUUCUCCUUGAUCGACUCCCUUGCGCACUUCGAUAGAGAGCGCAUCCCAGAGCGUGUUGUGCAUGCUAAGGGUGCAGGAUGCCACGGCUUCUUUGAGGUCACUCACGACAUUACCGACUUGUCAUGCGCUGCCCUCUUCAGCGAGGUCGGCAAGAAGACCCCUGUGACCAUGCGCUUCUCGACAGUCGGUGGAGAGCUUGGUUCUGCUGACUCUGCUCGUGACCCCCGAGGUUUCGCUAUCAAGCUGAAGACGGAGCAUGGAAACCUCGACUGGGUGUUCAACAACACUCCAAUUUUCUUCAUCCGCGACCCAGCGAAGUUCCCACACUUCAUCCACACUCAAAAGCGCGACCCGGAGACUCACCUCAAGGAUGCCGAUCCGUUCUGGGACUACUUCUCCCUGAACCCAGAGUCAAUUCACCAGGUCAUGAUCUUGUUCUCCGACCGCGGAACUCCUUACGGCUUCCAUCAUAUGCACGGCUACUCGGGACACACCUAUAAGUUCGUCAACGCUGAAGGCAAAUUCGUUUAUGUCCAAAUUCACGUCCGUAAGGAGGGCGGCUUCAAGACUAUCGACAACGCUACUGCGGGUAAGCUCGCGGGUGAAAACCCCGACUACGGUAUCGAGCUUCUCCACAACGACGUCGCCGCAGGCAAAUUCCCUGAGUGGAAGUUGUUCGUGCAAACCAUGACCCCUGAGCAGGCUGAGAAGUUCCGUUACAACAUUUGCGACCUGACCAAGGUCUGGCCGCACGCAGAGUUCCCCCUCCGCCCCUUCGGCAAGAUAGUGCUUAACAAGAACCCCGAGAACUACUUCGCCGAGGUGGAACAGGUGGCCUUCUCGCCCUCGCACACUGUCCCCGGUUUCGAGCCGUCCAACGACCCGGUUCUGCAGUCCCGUCUGUUCUCGUACCCUGACACCCAUCGUCACCGUCUCGGCACCAACUACCAGCAGCUGCCGGUCAACAGGCCUCUCGUCCCGAUCGCGAACUUCCAGCGCGACGGCCCGAUGGCGUUCGAGAACCAGGGCACGCGCCCGAACUACCAGAGCUCCCUUGUCCCGCUCACCUACAAGCCCAAGCCGUACGAACAGGUCAAGCACGAGACGUGGCUCGCCGCUGCGAAGACCGACCUCAGCUUCAUCACCGAGCUCGACUUCGAGCAGCCCCGCGCGCUCUGGCAGAAGGUCUUCGACAACACCCAGAAGGAGCACUUCGUCUCCAACGUUGCUGGACACUUUGGCAACGUCAAGAGCCCGGAGGUCAAGGCUAGGCAGCUCUCUGUCUUCGCUGCCGUCGACCAGGACCUCUCCGACCGCAUCGCCAAGGCCAUCGGUCACCCAUCGGUCAAGCCCUUGUCGGUCGCCCCCGCCGCGCAGGCCAUCCGCUUCCAGUACAACCAGAGUGCUUAAGAGAAGACUGGUCCCAAAUCUCAACUGUAUCACUAGAGUUGCUCGUGCCCUACUCUUGGGCGGGUUGACUGGCUCAUGUAGUCAUAUUGUUAAGUUCUGUACAAGCAUACACAAUCGAAAUCCUAAGUGUACAAUCU